UCUUAUAUACAUUCACCAUUCACGAUUCAUUCGGGUCGUACCAUUUGUCAUUGUAAUGUAAACACGUGCUAUAUUUGAAGUAGACGCGUAACGUUUUUAUUUAUCUAGAAAUUAAUAAGAGAUUCAAAAUAUUAACGUGUCCAAUGUGAUUGAAUAAAAAUAUUAGAAUAAAAAGAGAAAAAUAUAUAAAAAAUAUAUGGACGAGGGAUUCAAACAUUUGGUUGAAAUUUAUUGCGUUCAUAUAUGGUCAUUUCUCCAUCGACUCGCUGAAUACUGAUCUCAUAUUCAGAUAUUUUCGAAAUUAUAUACAAAGCGUAAACUGUGAUGUACAAGUCGAGAAUUACAAAAACAUUCUAUCAAGAAUGUUUAAAAUAUUCAGUAAAGUGUUGAAUAAAAUGAGACAAGAAUGAUUAUGUGAUACAAAAAAUUUGUUUAUUAUAAAAAAGUGUUUCAAUGCUAUUGAAAAUAUAUUUUCACGAAUUUAAUAGAGAGAUGAUAAAUGACUACUUAUUAAUUAUAUCUGUGAUUCUCUUAAUUCAUUCUGAAAAAAUGUAUUUGAAAUAAACAUAUAAAAUUUAAAAGAACAAGAAAUUAUAGAAAUGGAAAUAUUCUGGUUUCCUCGCCUAGUUGCUCAUCAUCCAUAUAUCAUUUUAAUGGUGGUUUUUGCAUUUUCAUCGAUAUGUCUAAUUAUUCCUCUUACGACUGAAAAGCUUCCAGAUUUUACAGAUCCUCAAAUGGGAUUUGAGGCAAGAGGUACUGUUUUAGCACAAAGACUCACAGCCUGGCAUCAUUUAAUGGAAGCUACAAAGGCAAGAGGAGAUCUUACUGAUAAUCCUUUCGAAUAUCAUCAGUACAUAUUAAAUCAACUAAAUCAACAGUCUAAUAUGCAUACACAAAACUAUAGUCUGUCUACUCAGGGUAUUCUCAGAAAAAAGACAAAAGGUAAAAAUAAACGAAAAGGAAAGAAAUAUCAAACGCUACUAAACGAUACAAGUUUGAAAGAAACAAGCAAUGAAGAGAAAGAUAAAUAUGAUGAAUUAAUAGAAUUUAAAGAUAAACAUGACAUAAAUGUUAUGAUGGAUGACAAAAAUCAGAAUAAUAACGAUAAUUAUUUCUGCAAUUUACCAACUUCUUCAUAUGCUCGUGUUGUAAUUGCUGUGGAUUCUCAAGAGAAAAAUUUAUGGUCAAUGGAAGGCAUAUUAGCUCAAUGUCAUAUCGAUGGUGUACUUCGUGCAAAUGCUCAUUUUUCAUCUCUUUGUCAGACACAAGAGCACGAUAGUAGUAAAUGUUGCAGAAGCUGGUCGCCAGCUAAUUAUGUGGCAUUUUUAUCGAAUCGCAGUUCUUGCUUGGGAGUAACAGAAAAUGAUCUGAAUAGAGUGAAAACGCUUUUGCAACAGUGCGCUUAUUAUUACCAUAAUCAUAAGUUAUUGCCUAAUUGUGCAGAAGAUUUCAAUUGCCAAAAACAUGUGCCAACUGAAUGUUACAUGAGAAACGCAGCUUACCACUUGCUGCAUUAUCUUUUGGACAUUAAUUUUAUUCCAGUAAGAAAGAUGGAUUUGAAAAAUACACAAAAUUUGACAUUGCAAUCUGCCAUGUUAUUUCUUCCAAUUGCGGCAAGUUCUGCAACUUUAGAUUUUUACAAAGCGAUAGAAAACGAUGAUUUAAUGUAUGGAAAUUUUCGUGUUCAAGGCAUGCAACUUGGCCUAAAAAGUACAUUGUUUGAUCGACUAUUAGUAUCUGAUUCAAGUUUGGUACUAAUUGGUUUUAUCUUUGUUACUCUUUGUAUUUGGACAUACACUGGCUCUAUAGUGUUGACUAUAACAACAAUUUUGGCAGUGCUAUUUAGUCUUGGGAUCUCAUACGCAGUAUACACUUUAGUGUUACGUAUUCAAUUCUUUCCCUUUAUGAAUUUACUGGCCAUUGUUGUUGCUGUAGGCAUUGGAGCAGAUGAUGCAUUUAUAUAUUGUAAAGUAUGGGAAUCUGGAAAGCAGCAGAAGCUUUCUAAUGAUGAAUUAGUACAUUUGGUACAAACGACAAUGAAACAUGCUUUUCCAUCAAUGUUUGUGACAUCUCUCACUACAGCAGUAGCUUUUUUUGCGUCAAUUGUUAGUAAUGUGACUGCUAUCAAUUGUUUCAGUUUAUUUUCAGGCAUGACAGUUAUUGCUAACUUCUUCUUGAUGAUCACAUGGUUACCAGCAUGUGUGGUUUUGUCAGAACACUAUAAAUUAAAUACCUUAUCGCCUGUCAAUUUUAUUACGAGGAAGAUUAUUCGUCCCUUACGAUCUUUGGGAGACAAAGUAACAGUAGGGUUUACCGCCUUUCUUACCGGAAUAGUGAUUCGUUUGCGAUGGUUGUGGUUACUAAGUUUGGGAACUAUGGCAAUAGCAAGUUGCAUUAUUGUCUUUCAUCAUCCGGGUCUGCAACUGCCCGAUUAUAUUGAUUUUCAACUCUUCCAUUCAGCACAUCCAUUUGAACGAUACGAUUUAAUAUAUUCGCGAAGAUUUUGGUUUGAACGAUACGAAAUGAUUGGUGGUGAUGCUGGAGUUUUACCAUUAAGAUUUGUAUGGGGUGUAAAACCGAUCGACAAUGGCGAUUACCUUGAUCCUAACAAAAGAGGAACACUAGACUAUGAUCCAAACUUUGAUAUUUCUAAUCCAAGUUCGCAAUUAUGGCUCGAACGAUUUUGCAAAAAUUUACGCAGUCAACCGUUUUAUCGUGAUACUAUGGGACCUAUGUUAACGAAUUGUUUUAUUGAAUCAUUACGUUCCUGGAUGCAGAGAAGUUGUAAAGAUCCUAUUGAUCCGGAUAUCGAGUAUUUACCGUGCUGCGAAAACAGCAAAUUCCCGUACAAACCCAAUGUUUUGCAACAAUGUGCGGCUGAAGCUAGUGCGAAGAUACAUCGCACUUCUUUGUGGAUUCGGGGUGGUGCGAUUUCUGCAGGUCUAAAAUUUGUGAAAGAACCAUUAUCCCCGGAAGUGCUGAAUGGUACACUCUCGCUUAAACUAACGCCAAAAAUUAAAGCGCUUGUUGUUGAAUAUGAUAGUACUUAUGCAUAUAGUCUUUCAUUUGCGAACAUGGAUAAAUUUUUUCAUCAGGUUGAGAGUUGGAUGCAAGAUCAAUUACGAAGUGCGCCUAGAGGGAUGCGAGGUGGAUGGUUUGUUAGCAGAUUUGAAUUUUACGAGUUGCAGCGUACUUUGUACGAAGGUACUAUAUGGGCAAUGGGAGUAUCAUUAACUUUAGCUCUCAUUGUAUUAGUGCUGGUUACUUUAAAUCCUCUUAUCAGCCUAUAUGCCAUUGUUACUAUUGGUGCUGCGAUAAUAGUAACAGUCGCUAUCCUCAUUCUUCUUGGUUGGAAACUCAAUGUCUUGGAGAGUGUUGCAAUAACUACAGCAAUAGGUCUCGCUGUAGACUUCAGUCUACAUUAUGCUGUGAGUUAUAAAGCGUGCAUUUCUGAGAAAAAAAUAGACAAAGUAAAAGCGGCGUUGCAACAGAUGGGCGGUCCAACUCUUAUGGCAGCGAUUACGAGCGGAGCUGCAGGCGCUUUGAUGUUACCUUCUCAUGUAUUGGCAUAUAUACAAAUUGGUGUAUUUUUAUUACUUGUAAUGGGCAUUAGUUGGAUAUACGCCACACUGUUUCUGUGUUCGAUGUUAGCGGUUAUAGGACCAUCUUCACGCUUCGCUCAGUUUGAAUAUUCCAGAUUAAAGAUGUUAUUGAUCUGUUUUCAUAAAUAUGAUGAUGAUAGCGUAAUUGAAACCGACAAGGAUAACAAUCGAGCGAGAAAAGCUUAUAAAGGACGUGGUAUGCUGUCAGAAUCGACUCUAAGUACAUCCAGUUCUGUAUGUCAAUUUCAUUGCAGUGAAUUGGAAACUCUUGCACCAAGGCCUCCAUCACCACCGUCUCCAUUAUCGACAUUACUUCGUUGAAAUAUAAUUAUCAUUAUUUAAAUUAAAAUUAUUCAUUCUCUCUAGGAAUUCAUUCUCUCUAGGAAUAUCAAAUUUUCAUCUUAACAAAACGUGUACCUUUUCAGAUUGUGUAUAAAACAAUUAUCCACAUAUGUUAUCUUGUACGUAGGUGUGACAUCAUAUAAUUAAUGUGACUGUUGGCUGUGUUCAAAUAGCUUUAAGGUCAUUAUUCAGGUGCAUAUGAUCUGUCAUUCAUCUACAUAUAUACAAUGCAAAUAAAUACAUGUAUAUCAACACGUAUGCGCGCGCGCGCGCGUACACACACACACACACACACACACGUACAUAUAUACCUAUAUACAAUUUUAUAAUACAAAGUUUCCUAUAUAUUAGUGAUAUAAAUAUAUGUACGUACAUACACAUUAUUUAUUGACUAUGAAAUUAAAUUUUAACUUAAACUAAUAAGUAUAUUAACAUCUCUUUUAUACUUUAAAAGUUUUAGUUGUAAUUUAUAAGAAUGUUAUACUAUAUAAUGUAUAUGGAUAUAAAUCUAAUGUGUGUCACAAAAAUAAUAUUGUACGAAUUUUGAAUCUCGAUAAUCGAUAUGAUCAUUGAUUAAAUAUAUUUAUGAACAUUGUCAGUAUUAUAUGAUAAUUAACAAUGCAAAUGUAAAUGUAAAUGUAAAGAUGAGAAAAAUGUUACUUUCUAUUUUAGAUAUUUGCCAAUUAUUUGUCACAUAUAUUAAUUUAGAUUAAAAUAACAAAAAUAUAUUUGUAUGUACGUAUAGUUUAUAUUUUUUAUGGUAACAUUGUUUUAUUAUAUUAUAAAAAAUUUGAUAUAGCUAAAAUUUAUAGCUAUAAAAAAUGUGAUAUAGUUUUUUUCAUAUUAUAACGUAGGAGAAAUUAUUUUAUCUUAGAAAUUUUAUGAAUAUAAAUGAUGCACAAUUAUAUAUUUUGCGAAUAUGUUUCUAAACUGUAUAAAAUGAUAUAUUAGAGUAUAAAAUUGUAUGUUAUAUUAAUAUCAUAUAUUUUAAGUAACAGUGCAUUAAAAGAAAUGUAAAUACAUAUGUGUAAUGGAAUUUAAAAUUAGGUGUAAUAAUAUUUGAUUCUCUGUAUCAUAUAUGCUUAUGAAACGAUCAAAUUAUUAAAUAA